UGUUUGUAAAUAAAUUGAAAAUAAUGUAGUGAAGAUUUAUACAUACAUACGAUACAAGGAUUUCCUAGCACAUGUAAGAAGACAGAGUGAAUACUUUGUACUACCGGUUACCUCGCUACUCGCGAAAGAGGUGCAGGUUUUCUGUAUAUUUGACCAUAAUGACUGCGUUAAGUGGUUUUAUGGAAUUUUUUCAAAAAGGGAAGGUGAAUACAUUUAGGCCAAAAAAGAAAUUUGCUCAUGGCACAUUACGAUAUUCUUUGCAUAAACAAGCACAAGCUUCAUUGAAUUCAGGAAUUAAUUUGAGAUCUGUUGUGAAAUUACCACCAGGAGAAGAUCUGAACGAUUGGAUUGCAGUUCAUGUGGUAGACUUUUUUAAUAGAAUAAAUCUGAUAUAUGGUACCGUAUCUGAAUAUUGCGAUUCUGCGUCUUGUCCGACAAUGAGUGGCGGAGCACGUUUUGAAUACUUAUGGGCAGAUGGUGAAAAAUAUAAAAAACCUACUGCACUCCCAGCACCACAAUAUGUUAGCCUUCUUAUGGAUUGGAUUGAAGCACAAAUUAAUAAUGAAACCAUUUUUCCUGUAUCAACAGAUGUACCAUUUCCAAAAACAUUUGUACCACUCUGUAGGAAAAUUUUGACACGUUUGUUCAGAGUUUUUGUCCAUGUCUAUAUACAUCAUUUUGAUCGUAUCGUAGCAAUAGGAGCGGAAGCACAUGUAAAUACAUGUUACAAACACUUUUACUAUUUUGUAACAGAAUUUGAAUUAAUAAAUACAAAAGAAUUAGAACCAUUGGCUGAAAUGACUGCUAAAGUUUGCAAGGAUACUGCAUCACCAACACAAGCAACAGCACCAUCAAGUAAUGCUAGAUAGUUGUAAGCUUAAUAAAUGCAUGAAGUCAUAACCAAAUUAGAAUGAAACAAAUUUGCUUUAAU